CGUGCGCGCGCCCCGCCGAAGCCUGCCCUUCUUAUAGCGCAGCAUCGGGGACGGGCGCGGCGAGUGGCGCGGGGACAGACGGGUGACAUGGCGGCUGCGCUGCUUUUGGCGCUGGGCCUCGUGCUGCUGGACGUCCAGGGCACCUCCGCGGCGGCUGGCUUUCUCACAGGCCCACUGUCCCAGAAGGGGCGGGCAGGGGGCAGCAUCUAGCUGCACUGCGAGGUGGUUGGCAGCCCUAUCCCCGAGAUCCAGUGGUGGUUUGAAGGGAACCAGGCCAGCAACUCCUGCUUGCUCUGGGACGGUGCCCAGCAGGACCAUGUCCACAUCCACGCCGCCUACCACCAGCAUGCGGCCAGCACCGUGUCCAUCGAGGGCCUCACCGCCAAGGACGCGGGCACAUAUGAGUGCUUCGCCAGCAAGGACCCCAACCGUAACUACCUGACCUGGGCACCCAGAGUAAAAUGGGUCCACACCCAGGCAAGCGUGGUGGUCCUUGAAUUGGGCCCCAUCACGACCACUGUGAAUGACAUUGGCUCCAAGGUGUACCUGACCUGCCUCAUGAACCACAGUGACAUCGCUGUCACGGGGCACCAGUGGCUGAGGGAUGGCAAGGUGCUGAAGGAAGACGAACUGCCCGACCUGCACACCGAAUACCAGAUGAACAAGGAGGGCAGCAUGGGCGAGUACUUCUGUGUCUUCCUGCCCGAGGAGGCUCUGGGCAGGGCCGCAGUCACAGUGCCUGGGCCCCCGGUGAUCAAGGCCACCAGGAAGUCCGAGCACGCCAGUGAGGGGGAGACAGUCACACUGGUCUGCAAGUCCGACUCCUACCCCCCCAUUGACACCUGGGUCUGGUACAAGGUGGUUGACUCCAGCUACCAGGUCAUCACCAACGACUCCCAGAGCAAGUUCUUCGUGAGCUCCUCAGGGGCCAGGUCGGAGCUUCGCAUCAAGGAGCUGGACAUGACUCUCGACCCUGGCACCUACGCCUGCAACGGCACCAAUGUAGAGGGCACCAGCCACGCCACCAUUACCUUGCGUGUGCGCAGCCACCUGGCUGCACUUUGGCCCUUCCUGGGCAUUGUGGCAGAGGUGCUGGUGCUGGUCACCAUCAUCUUCAUCUAUGAGAAGCGGCGGAAGCCAGAUGAGCCCCUGGAUGAUGACGACGCAGGGUCCGUACCUCUGAAAGGCAACGCGCCCCACGUGAACGACAAAGGCAAGAACGUCCGCCAGAGGAACGCCACCUGAGCGGCACAGUGGCCCGGGUCAGGUCCCCGUCUCCCGUCUCCCGCAGGAGUCCGUCCCCUGCUGGCAAAGCGCCAGACCCACUCACCUCAGAAAACCCACGCAGCAACAGCAAACCCACUGUAGAGCUCCAUAUUGGAUUUUUUUUAGUUUUAACUGAACUAGGGUUUUCUACGUACAGAAUUUUGUUCCUUAGGUUUUGUUUUUCUCCUUUUUAAAUGCAUCAUGAGUGCCAGGGAGUUGGCGCGUCCCCAAGAGGUGUCUCAAGUCCCCUGGGUCCCUGGCCGCUUGCAGCUCAGGAGGGUGCAGCCUGUGCCACCAGCCUGUCUGAAGCCAGCGCUGUCUCUGGUCCCCUGUGCUUUCGCUAUUCUUUCCUGAAGGUCACAGUCUGUCUGUGACCUCUUGGUGGAGAGGACUCCAUUUCUCUCCUGAUGUCCAGUCCCCAGGGUGUGGGACUGCAGAGCUACCUGCUAUCCCAGGGACAGCAGCCCCUUCUCCAGUGUUGGGCACACGGGGACCCCUCCCAUCCCACCCCUGCACAAUAAAGACUAAGCCCACCUGA